GUACCGAUUCGCAGUGACAUUAACUUCAAAUGCGUAAAUUAUUACCGAAAAUUGUGUUGUUGUGUCGAAACAAUAAAAUUGAUUUAGCAAAUGUAUAAAAACUCGGUUUCCAUUUUAAUAUUGGUGAAGAUAAUAUGAACGGUGAACGGUUUACCAUUCAAUGACUCAGUAAAAUUCGCCUGUGAUAUUGUAAUUGCUACAACCGAUGAACGUGACCCUAUCAAUGCUAGCUAAUACGUCAAAAUAGCGCAACUAAUGAUUACAAUACGUUCCAUGAACACUUGAUGAAUAGUAUUUGUUAUUUUAUUCUUCAUUGACGUGCGUUAAUUUCGAACAUUUCAGAUUAUAUUUUAGUUUAGAAUUGGAUUUUGGUUUUUAAUUCUACCAAAAUGUCUGCUUCUACGGUUGAGUUUGCAGUUCAAAUGUCCGGUGCAGGAUGUGCCGAGAAAGUGAAGCAAAGCUUGGCUAAUGCGGGUACAGUAAAUAUUGACAUACCAACCGGGCGCGUUGUGGUGAAUUCCAAUUUGCCUUGGAUUGAAAUACAAGAGAAAAUCGAAAAAUCUGGACGAAGAGCGGUGCUGUCGGGCUUUGGAGAGAAAUCCGCUGUGGCUAUUGUAUCAGAUACUGUCGACAAAGUGAAGGGGGUUGUUCGAUUUUCAUCGGUGACUGGUGACCAAUACGUGAACGGUUGUGUUGUUGAUGGUGUUCUGGAUGGCUUGACACCUGGUUUUCAUGGAAUUCACAUUCACGAAUGUGGCGACAUUUCAAACGGCUGCAAAAGCUUGGGCAAUCAUUAUAAUCCAAGGAAUACGCGACAUGGUAGUCCUCACAAUGAUAUUGAUGCGCGUCAUGCCGGUGAUUUAGGGAAUAUUGAAGCCGAUGAAAUUGGUCGGGCCAAGUUUCGAUUUACAGAUAAAGUGAUCACUGUUGGAGACAUCAUUGGUAGAUCGAUCGUAGUAACUGAACAUGCUGAUGACUUUGGCCUCGGAAACGAUGAAAAUUCGUUGAUUGAUGGAAACUCUGGUAAACGAUUAGCGUGCGGUAUCAUUGCUCGGUCGGCUGGAAUUUUUCAAAAUUUUAAAAAAAUUUGCGCUUGUGAUGGAGUUACGAUAUGGGACGAGCGCGACAAGCCCGUAGCUGGUGGAAAUCGUAGCAAUCUAUAAAGCUGAGCUUAUACACUUAAAUAUUUGAAUAUACUUAGAUUAAGUUAUUUGCCUUGUAUGGCCUAUUUUUGUUACUAAAUGGUUGUGAAAAUAAAGCAAACCAAUCUGA